AUGCGCCCGCUCGCGCUUCUCUGCGCCGCCCUCGCCCUCGCCGACCGCGCGACCAGGAUUCCCUUGCAAAGAGGGAAUGAGCUGCGGGACAUCCUCAGGGAGAAAGGGUUACUGCCACACUUCUUCCAGCACCACCGGUACGAUGUUGGCACCAAAUCCCCCCACGCUUUUCCCCAGGUGCUUGAAGUGGCCGCCGAGCCUCUGCUGAACUCCUUGGACGUGGAGUAUUAUGGGACCAUCUCCAUCGGCACGCCGCCGCAGGAGUUCACCGUGGUGUUCGAUACUGGCUCCUCCAACCUCUGGGUCCCUUCGGUCUGCUGCAGCAGCCCCGCUUGCCAGAACCACCAGACGUUUAACCCGUCAAACUCUUCCACCUACAAGAGCACAAGCCAGAGCCUGUCCAUCCAGUAUGGCACUGGCAGCAUGGAGGGUGUCGUGGGCUCUGACACUGUCACCGUGGCCUCCCUGGUGGACACCAACCAGCUCUUCAGCUUGAGCGCCACCGAGCCAGGCAAAUUCUUCAUCUUCAUCAAAUUUGAUGGGAUCCUGGGCUUAGGCUACCCAAGUCUGGCCACCAGUGAGAUCAUGCCAGUCAUUCAUAACAUGAUGAAGGAGGGCUUGGUGGAGCAGAACCUCUUUUCCAUCUACCUGUCCCAAGAGACAACAGGGAGCGUCGUCACCUUCGGUGGAGUCGAUGAAUCCUACUUCACCAGCCCCAUCAACUGGAUCCCUGUCUCUUACCAAGGUUACUGGCAAAUCUCCAUGGACGGGGUCAUCGUGGAUGGCCAGGAGGUUGCAUGCAGUGGUGGCUGCCCAGCCAUCGUUGACACCGGCACGUCCUUUGUGGCUGGGCCAUCUUCAGGCAUCGGUAACAUCCAGAGCGCAAUCGGGGCCACUCCAGGCACAUAUGGGCAGUACGACGUGAACUGCAACUACAUUGGUGCCAUGCCCGACGUCGUCUUUGUCAUCAGCGGAGUUCAGUACCCCGUGUCCGCCUCGGCUUACACGGAGCAGUUAAGGGGGGGACUUCCAGAACACCUCUGGGAACCUCUGGAUCCUGGGAGAUGUCUUCAUCAGGGUGUACUACAGCAUCUUUGA